UCAGCUAUCCAAGAUGGCGGCCAGACGUGUUUAUAAGAACACAUAAAGAACACCAAAAAAUACUCCUGUAAUGUCACUCACUAAACCGGCAGAAAUAAUUACAAAACUAUGAUAUAUAAUUAUCAAUAUUCAAUCACAUAUUGAGUGUUAAUAUUGGAAAAAUGUCCCGUCGGACAGACGAUAAGGCAAAGAAGUUCGUCGACUCAGUGUUUUCUGAUCUACGGGCUUUGUCUAAUGAAACCAAAAGAAAAUUCCACCCAGUAAAAGAGGCAGCUGAGGCUGGUAUACAAAGGUUGAAGUCAAUCUCAGCCAGAAAUCAAAAGAUCACCACUGCUUUAGCCGAGGAGAAUGAGAUUCUGCAGCCAUUUCUGCUUGGUUGUGACACCAAGUCACUUAGAGUCAUACAGAUCUCAUUAACAGCAUUACAAAGACUCAUAACAAAUGAAGCUCUGUCUGAGCCUUCAGCCAAUAAUCUUGUUAGUACACUAUGGAACCUAAUGGAGAGUGGUUUAGAGGAGCUAAGGAUUCUACAGACUGUCAUACUGUUGAUAACUACUUCAAACAUAGUACAUGGGGAUCAUUUGGGGAAGGCUAUGGCAUUAUGUUUCAGGCUUUAUUUUGUUAAAGAUUCAACAGUCAGUGGAACUGCUGCUGCUACUGUCCGUCAGAUGGUUUCUGUUGUGUUUGAUAGAGUUGUUACAGAAGACAGUAAUCCUAAAGAUGAUGAAAAGCCUGAUGAUGUUUCCAACACAAGACACAAAAACUGUCCCGUGAGUCUGCACCCCUGUGCAAGGGAUGCUUAUCUAUUGUUCCAGGAUCUGUGUCAAUUGACAAGUGGAGAACAGCCAUAUUGGCUUCAUGGUGUAGUAGAAAUGACAAGAACCUUCGGUUUAGAACUCCUGGAAUCUGUUCUCAGAGGAUAUCCUCACAUCUUCCUUAAGCACCCAGAAUUCAGUUUUCUACUGAAAGAGAGAGUAUGUCCCCUAAUAAUCAAGUUGUUUUCCCCGAGUAUCAAGUAUCGACAAGGAGGAUCACAGUCAUCACCAGGGUCUGUCGAAAGACCAGUGUACCCUGUGGCUGUAAGACUGCUCAGGAUUGUAUCUGUUCUUAUCGAACAGUUUUACACACUACUGGUGACAGAAUGUGAAAUUUUCCUGUCAUUACUUGUCAAGUUUCUCGAUUCGAGUAAACCUUUGUGGCAACGAGCGUUAGCACUUGAAGUCCUUCAUACAUUAACCAUCCAACCUGCCCUUCUUAGGUCUUUUUGCCAGUUUUACGACAUGCAGGAACAUUCCACCAAGAUAUUCCACAACAUUGUCAAUGCAUUAUCAAGUUUCAUCCAGUCUCUCUUCACUAACCAGUUAUCCCACGGCACAGGACCAAGCUCUAGUUCUUCUCCUAGUGGCAAUACAAUACAAACAUCCUCCAGUGCCCCACCCCCCUCAGUCAUGGCAUUAAGUACCAUGGGAGGGGUGACUCCACAACCAGGGUUUCUGUACCGAGGUGCUUGGGUACCUUUAACAGUCACACCUGUUUCUGGUCAAGCCAAACCAGUCUAUCUUGAUCAUCUAGAGAAGCAAGAAACACCAUCAAUUCCAGAUGGCUACACAUUGUCCAUCGCCUUUGCCUGCAUACUAGAGAUUGUCAAGGGACUAAAUACUCUAGUCGUACAUACCUCUCCAGAGAAACCAUCAAUAGAGGGCUGGAUUGAACCAGAUGUAAAACAUGUAAAGGAGAGUGAUACUGGUGUGGGGACUGUCAGUAUUAAUGCUAUGGAUCAAGGUGCGAGUAAUAAUCAUGUGGGCAAAGAAAUGGUCAAUGCUUCUUGGUGUGGUGUUUUAGCAUCUCUGUCACUUCUUCUUGAAUCAAGUAAUGAUGAGACAGGAACAGAAGCCAUUCUUAAAUCCUUUCAGAUGUUUUCUAACGUGUGUGGUGUAUUAAGCCUGACUACCCCACGUGAUGCAUUCAUAACAUCAUUAUGUAAAGCUGCGCUUCCACCGCACUACACACUAACUAUAGUUAACCCACACUCUGGUAAGGCUCAGGUAUCAUACAUCAAGAACCCCUCGUCUAGUCAUGGAAUGGGGUCUGAUGCACAAGGUGGUGGAGGUAGUGAUCAACCUGUUCUGUCAAGAACUAUGUCGUUCCCUGGAGGGGGAGGGUCAGGAGCUGUUGUUACCGGUACCUCUGUUGGUGGAUCUCAUGGUCCUGUAUCGUUAACAGCUAAGAAUGUGCAGUGUAUGCGUGCCUUACUUAGCCUUGCACACUGUCAUGGUACUAUAUUGGGUACUGCCUGGCACAUGGUCCUUAUAACAUUACAGCACUUAACCUGGAUCCUUGGCUUAAAACCCUCAACAGGCGGAACCUUGAAAGCCAUGCCAACUACAGAAGCACCUAACUUGGUAAUAAGUCAAAGUAUGAUGGCAGAGUUACCUGUUCUCGCUGCUAUUCUGUCAAGACUCUUUGAAACAUCACAAUACCUUGAUGACGUAGCAUUACAUCACUUGGUGGAUGCUUUGUGUCAGCUGUCUUCCACAUCAAUGGAACAAGCACAGUCCAAUAAGGAACCAUCCUUGUUUGCCGUUGCUAAGUUACUAGAGACAGGACUAAACAACCUUCAUCGAGCUCGAAUACUGUGGAAACCGCUGACCGCGCAUUUGUUGGAGGUCUGUCAGCACACUCACGCGAAGAUGAGGGAAUGGGGAGCAGAAGCUGUGACGUCAUUAGUCCGUUCAGCUCUGACGUAUAAUCACAAGCCACCGCUGAACGAGAAUAUUAGUUUGCAAGCGAUGUUACUGUCCCCAUUACAAGAAAUGUCUUCCAUAUCCUACUCCGACAUACGAUACAAGCAGCUUGAAUGUGUCUUACAGAUUCUCCAUUCUACUGGUCAAAAUCUUGGUCACGGCUGGCCGUGUGUUCUUGGUGUGAUAGGAGCUGCAACCAAUCAACAGGGGGAAGGUCUGAUUCGCGUGGCGUUCCAGAGUCUUCAGUUAGUAGUGACUGACUUCCUACCCUUGAUGCCUUGCGCGUGUCUCAAGGUUGUCAUUGAUGUUGCUGGGAAGUUUGGUUUACAACCACUUGAACUGAACAUUAGCUUGACAGCCAUUGGAUUACUGUGGAACAUCGCAGAUUUUUUAUCUCAAAACCGCGACAAAAUACGCGAAGGCCUCAAAGCUCCUGAUUCAUCGGAGUUUGAGGGUCUAAAGUACGAUCGUCCCGUCCCUCCAAGUGAUCGAUUAUGGAUGUGUCUCUACUCCAAGCUUGGUGAUCUUUGUGUUGAUCCACGACCUGCUGUCAGGAAGAGUGCAGGACAGACAUUGUUCUCUACAAUCAGUGUACAUGGAUCGUUAUUAGAAAAUAUCACGUGGUAUACUGUACUGUGGCAGGUGUUAUUCCCUCUGCUUGAUCAAGUCAAGCGCAUGUCCACGACAGCAGCUACUGUCCCACCACCAAGUGACAUCAAUCAAGCCAAGAACAAAAUACUCAUCCAUCACUCACGUGACACGGCCGAGAAGCAAUGGGCAGAAACACGUGUCCUGACAUUGAAUGGUGUGGCUAGAGUAUUCAACACUAGGCGCCAGACUCUCGCAGCCCUGGAUGAAUUCCCCAGGGCCUGGGCACUACUCUUGGAGUUUGUCGAAUCAGCAGCAUUGAGUAAAUCAUCUGAAGUAGCGCUAGCAGCAUUGAAAAGUUUCCAGGAGAUGGUACAGGAUUCUAGUGAGAAUAGCAAUGGUGAGAAAGAAGAGGAAGAUAUUAAUAUGCUACUUGACCCUGUACGAGCUGCAAAGAUGAGAUCCAGGAUGAAAGUGAAACCAAAGUUUUACGAAGAAGCUGAAGAUCUAAACUUGUGGAUUAAUGCCUGGAAGGUUUGGUGCGAUAUUGGAAUGUCGAGUCUGUCACCCUCAUCAUUCGACCAAACACGAGUAGAUGCUGAGGGGAAAACAGUGACUAACAAGAUCUACCCAACCCAGCCAUACAUUACCGCCCUUGUGCAAAUAUUCCCCACUCUCUUUAGACGGAUAUACAAUAGAUUUGGUUUAGCAGAUUUGCAGAAACUCUCCAAGAUAUUACAAGCUUGCAUCACGAUUCCUGUGCCUGCAGACCAAUCUCCUUUCCUCUUGCCCUCAUUUCAGGACACUAUUCUAACUCCUUUACAACACUCUAUCAUCGAUGUAGUGGAUAUCUUACGAGAACCUCUGCCCAACAACAAGGGCUCUGUACUAGACAUAUCUAGCCAACCAAUGUAUCCUACUUUAUUUGGACUGUUAGUAUUCUUUGUAGAAUGUGCUUGUAACCCUCCUAAGGUUGAUAAUGAAGUAUCCUUCGGCAAGAAGAAAGAAUGGUUGAUUCUUCAAUUAACGCCAUUUUCUGAGAAAUGCUUAGAGAUGACAGUGGAGAUGUAUGGUACUAGUGUCAACAAGAAUGCUGUUAUACAAGAAAAAGUCCUAGAGAAAAUUAUCAAGGCACUUCGCACACCUAUGGGUCUAAAGUAUGACUGCCCAUCACAGACCACGUGGAAGCUUGCAGUUAGUUCUCUUCUUACUGUUUUAAGAAUUGGUCUUCCUGUGGCGCUAAAUAAUCCAGAUUCAUUUAGUUCAAUGUGGUAUGAACUGGCUUCGUGUCUUGAGGAUUUCUUGUUCUCUGAGAAGACUCCACCCAACACGCAGUCACUGGAGCAGCACCAACAAGACGAAGAGCUUGAUAUUAAGCUUCUACGAAUGAUUCGUGAGGAUAUCUUACCACACUCGUCUACUCUUCCUAAAGACUUCAUGGUCCGYGUGAUGGCGCUACUGAACCGUGGCUCCAUUCAUUCUGCUACUGACUCAGCAUUCAGCGGUACUGAUGCGAACAGUUUUCCUAUCCGUGAAGAGUUUGCCAAAUCUUGCUUCGAGACGUUGUUGCAGUUUUCAUUUGUGAAUGACUCUCACCGACAAGACGUAACAGAUGGUCAAGUAUCGGAAUUAGCACUCGAUGCAAUGUUGAGUCGUUGUCAAGAUGUUCUUGAAAAAUACGUAGAGGACGAAAGACUGAGCGGAAAAUGCCCGCUACCAAGAACACGCAUGGCUGAAAUGUCAUUCGUCAUGAAGGCUGUCAGUACCUUGAUUGGCUCUUUGAAGAAAAUGACACGUGACAACGCACGUGUUGUUGACCCCAAGAUCUGGGACCAAGUAGUCCAACUCUACCCACGUUUGGUAGAAUGUAGUACAUGCAACUCAAACCAAGUUAGACGAGCUUUGAAAGAAGCAUUGCAAGAAUAUGCAGACUUACUAGUAGCCCCUCGGGUGGACAAAGCUGCUUCUGGCUCAUUGGCUACUGUCAACGGCAGCACCUAGUAUCUGCUAGUUUGGAAAAUUGCCCAUAAAUAGUGGCUUAUGUAAACUAAAUUAACAUAUGGGCCUGGUUUUGACUUGCAACACAACUGUAAGCCUAAGGAAAAUACAAACUCUGUUACAUAUUACAUGUUAGGAGUUGUCUUGUAGAAGACCUACACAGAGUCUGUGUGUCACUCAUGGGUGCAGCAGCAGGGGUGGAUCCAGGGGAGGGGUACAGGGGGUGUGCACCCCUCCCUGGAUUGACUUUGAUCCCCUUCUUUGAAGAUAACCAAUACAAAAUAAUAUUUUUUCCCCUUUAAUUCUAAGGGGUGUGCAGCACUCUCCCUGAACAAACUCCAGGAUCCACCCCAGAGCUGGAUAUAGUCCUAGCAUUGUUUUUAUCUUAGAUGAUACAUUUUUGAACAUGAAUCAUUUUAGGGUUUUUCUUAGUUCCUUUGCUUUACGUUAAAACCAGGCAUCAUAGAUAAAAAUAUUAUGUAAAAUGAAAUAUUUCAAUGGAAUAUUGAUAUUAUGGGUUAAAUUGAAUCGAAUGUUAGUACAUCUUUGAGAUGCAACUUGGUUAAGAGUUGCACAAAAAUGAAUUUAUAAAUUAUUUUCCUUUGAAUGAACAUUGAACAGGAAAUGGAUAGAAGAUAAAAAUGCAAAAGUUUUAGUAAAACAGAGCUUUUUAGACAGUAUGUAGUAGACGUUGUACAGAUGAAACCGUUGUUCUUGGAUUGCAACCAAUGUGACUCAAAAUCUCUUGAGAUAUGAAUAAUAAUGAAACAGCCGCCAUGUUGGUUGAUAUAAUGAGAGAAGCUGAUGAGGAAUGCUUUGCAAAAGUCAACCAACAUAGCAGCUGACUUUACAUUCACCCAAAAAACUAGAGCAAUAAAUGUCCUUUAAAUAAUGCUUCACUUUUUAUGAGCAAAAAUAACACUGCUUAGGAGAUAAUAAACCCAUGAAAAGAUACCAACUGAGUAGUGCUAAGUAGUACAGUUUGAAUGAUAGAAAACAAUAGAUUUUGGAUUAGUAGUUUCGAUACUUUUCCAUGGGUUUUCUUUCUCAUAAUGGACAUAAAAAAUAAAGAUAUAUUUCAGACUUCAA